AUGGACGAGUUAAGCGAACACGCCAUACUCUGGAACACGGCGGCUCUCACGAGUCUCAAGCGCCAGCAGCUUAUGAGCUUGUCGAAGCGAUAUGGUCUCAAGGCCAGUGGGAAGAAUACUGAGAUGGUCCAGCGCCUGCACGAUUUCGGCCACACUCUUACACCAAGUGCCAAGGCCGUCUUCGACCUCGCCACCCAGAAUCCGCCCGAUAGCCCAUCCAAGUCCCCUUGCAAGGCCAUGCCUGCCAGCGAGGAACUGGAGCCGCCACAGGCGCCCGCAUUAACCCGUGCGAAGAAGAGCCGUCCGUCCACCAUCUCCUUGGCCCGCCGUGGGUCGUGGGAGGUCAUUGACAGGCACAAUGCCAGCCUCGUGGAGGAGGAGGAGAGUGACGACACGGCCAACUGGAAGAGCGCGGUCAACGGCGCCAGCCUUGACGGCGACAAGGGUGAGAAGUACGGUUCGCUGCGUGGCGUCGGCUCUCUCCGCUCCAUUGCUAGCUCGAUCCGCAGAACAGCGUCGCGCACCUUAUCGACCAAGGAGAAGAGCCCGACACCUAACAUCGCCUUUCCUGGUGCCACGUCUGACGCUGAGCAGCCAGAGUCCGAACCAGCUGAGGAGAUCCUUUGCCCAUCGCCUGCGUCGACCGUGGGCGUGCCCAAGCGGAUACGCGACGACGUGAGCCACCAUCGUCCCUCCACCAUUCGCCUCGUGUCACCAACCGAGAGCAUGGCCAAUCUCACGGAGACCACUGCCGAUCCGGACGCGCUUCCUCUUACGGGGCCUAACUCGGUCGCCCACAUCAAGGAGCGCCGGUCGAUGAAGCCCAUGGCCGCCGCCCCACAACCAGCACUAAAAGAUCGCCCUUCCCUCCCAACCAUCUUGUCGCCUGCCUCGAACGCUCGCGGCAUUUAUCCCCAGAUCCCAGCGUUCGACCCAGCUGCGCCACCCGAGAUCCAGGCCGCAAUGGGGACCCCCGAGCCAGACAUGCCCGGCUCGUUCCCUGGAUCGCCUGCAUCACCUUCGUUCGUUUUUGGCACGACACAGGCCGUAUCCACCAACGAGUUCUCGGACGCGGGAGCAAAGCUCCUCGCCGAGUUUCAGGCCAAGAUGGGUGGUGUAAACAUCUUCUCGUCGGAGCUCCUCAAGGGCAAGGACGCCGAGGCGUCUAAGCUCGUCUCGUCUACGGGCAACGGGUCCACCGCCGUAAACAGUGUCAUUGGAAGAGCAGCGUCCUCAGGGACGCAGCUGAGGGGCUUUGGUCUGGCCCCAGGUCCAGAGGCCAACGAUCGGUACGCUGCGGCGCACCGCCGCGAGUUCCAGCGCAUGAAGUCGCUGCAGUCGAUCUCGGGGCCAUCAAGCCGCUCCGCCUCAGGUACGAGCCAGGCGAGCCAGAUGAAGACAUCGGCCUCGAGCUCGAUGCUCGCCACGGCUGUUGCAAAGCGCCAGCUUGACGAGCCGGGGCCUGAGGCCGAGCGUGGGAGCAAGCGCUCCAAGCCGGCGCCUGCGCAGAAGCCAGGUCUCAUCGAUGCGUUCCGCCGCUCGCGUGUCACAAGCACCACCAAGUCCCCCAUUAAGACGAUGGGCCGCAGCGGACUCAAGGGCACCGUCGGCCGAUUUGGCUUCCUGCGGCACAAGAAGACGGCUUCGGGUAACCGCAUCCCCUCGCCCUCCAAGAGCCCUGACAGUAUCGCAUCCGAGGGCAGUUACGUGCUCCCGUCCGUCAACGUACCCGAGGACACAACAGACAAGACGUCGCGCCUGAAGAAGAUGAGCAGCAAGCCCGGCCUGCGCACCGUCAAAGCGAGCGCUCCGCCACGCAUGGGUGGUUGCUCCGUCUCUGACUCCACUGCUCCCUCGACGACCACAUCAGGCACCACCUCGUCUCUUAGCAAGCGCCGUGGGCCCAUUCCAGACUUUGGGCCGCCCAAGCCAACGUUCCAGCCGCUCAAGGAUAACAGCCAGGACCACGGCAGUGUGAGCUCCAGAGCGAGCGGUGCCUCGGCGCCCCCUGUGCUGAACCGGCAACUGAGCGCCAACAGCCUCGGAAGCAUCACGCGCUCGGGCGGGGCUCGUGACCUCGCACGCGUCGCCAGUGGCGACCUGCACUCCAAGGGCUUCCCGUCGGCCUCCCAGAGGUCGUCCUCCAACCUGAAGGCCUCAAGCAUGCUCUCUCCGAGCAGCUCGAACCUCCGCUCGCCGUCGAUCACCAACCUCCGCUCACCGUCGAUCACCAACCUCCGCUCACCGAGCAUGAGCAGCAUCCCGCGCUCGCGCAGUAGCACGCUCCUCGCUCCAACGGCCAGUAGCAUGGCGAGGCGACAAGCGACGGUCAAACCCUCCCCCAACACUUCUACCUCCGCCGCCGACGAGGUUAAGCCGCGCCGCCCACUCCCCCGUCCACCUACAGCCGUGCCGACCGGCCUGACGCCCAACAUGGCUGGUCUCGUGGUUCAGCCGUUUGGUGAGGCAAGCAGCCGCGCCAACUUCCUCUUUGAGAGCAACUUCCACAUCUCGCCGACGCCGAGCAAGCUGCCGGUCCGGAGCUCGCCGCUCAAGAGCCCAACAAAGCGCAUGGUCGGCCCCAAGUCGCCGCGGCGCACGGCUGCCGGCGUGCGUGCACGCGCAAGUGGACUGAAUGCGAUCAAGGCCACCGGGCAUACCGACAACAGCGCAGUCGCGCGCCGUCGCACCGAGCUCCGUGGAAAGCAGGAGCGAUUAGCGCAGGAGAAGGAGCUGCGUAUGAUGCUGGGUUAA